AUGAAAUUUCGUGGCGGCCAGCACAUUUUUUCGGUUGUUGUCUUGCAUUUGUUUUGCUACGGCAAUGUCCUUUCAGUUCUUGCAUUUGUUCCAACGAAUAAAAACCAGUGCAGAGCAACGCACAGUGUCGUUGCUUUUAGUGCUUACAAUGAUUUUGAUUUAGAGCAAUCUUUAGAUUCCAUGACUGUGAAGGAUUUGCGACAGAUUUUGAAGGAGUCCAAUGUCAACAAACCACGAGGGCUUUUGACAAAACUGAAACGAAAGCAAGAUCUUGUCGAAUAUCUCAAAACAAACCUGGUCUCGUCCGAUCGAGAAAGCAUUUUGAAUAGGAAGGACAACAUUUCAUCCCAAGAAAUUAGUAAUGAUUCCCCGAGUCAUCCAAUUUCAAUGCCAAAGAGACUUGGACUCAAAGCACCAAACGUGCUAUCUGCAAAAGAUACUCUAUUCCAAAAAGUUUAUGAGAUGUAUCCUCCACUUAAAGACCAAGAGUGCGUAUCCCUUGGUGAAGAAGAUGUCAGGCAGCUAUGGCAUCCUGCGUUCAGGAAUUCGAAUACAAGUGGUGACAUGGAUGUUAUUUUUGUUGGUACAGCCAGUUGUUCACCCGGAAUCACACGAGGUGUAAGCUGCACCGCCUUGAGGUUGAAUUUGAACAAUCGUAAACCGAUUGCCGGAGUACCAGCUGGACCAUAUGAAGGGACCUUGGAUGUCUCAGCGGGUGGGACGUGGCUCUUCGACUGUGGGGAGUGUACACAGCUCCAGGUUCAACGGACUCCAUCUGUUCGACCGAGCAAAAUCAAUCGAAUUUUUAUUACGCACGCACAUGGUGAUCAUAGCUUUGGAUUGCCCGGCAUUCUUUGCCUCAUGGGACAGGAUCGGGACAGAGAGACUUCCGAACCAGUUGAAAUUUAUGGACCUGAAGGUCUGCGAAUGUGGCUUCGCGUUGCAAUUCGGUACUCAGUUUCAAGAAUUGUACCAAAUUAUAGAGUUCACGAGAUAAAGGACAUUCCUAUGGCUCCAGAGUGGGAAAUGAAUCGCAAAACUGGCCGAUACUUCUACAAAGGUCUUCGUAGGAAAAACUCUAGACAGAAGCGAUGGGGAGAUCAAGGACUUGCUGGUGAAGACCGCCAAAGUUGGAUCUCGAAGGCAGACAUGAUGAAUUUGGACCCUUCGUCUCGAUAUGGUGAAGUAGAGGGAGGUACUGAUAUCUAUCCAAUUUACAACCACCCAAAGGCAUCCGAUGGUGCCCCAAUCUGGGAAGUUUCCAAAGCUGAUGAUAUCAAGGUAUUUGCAGCACCAAUGUCUCACGGGGUGCCCUGUGUUGGCUAUGUUGUUGAGGAGGAAAGCCGUCCCGGAAGGCUGCGUAAUGAUCUCGUGAAACCAAUUGUAGAAAGAAAUCUGGCUGCUCUGAAGGAAGCAGGGUUUAAGGUGCCGAUGAAAGCAAUGGCAGUAAUAAAAAAUUUGCAACCAGGAAGCGCUUUCACCUUUCCGGAUGGAACAGUGGUAACUCAAGAAGAGGCCGUUGAACCACCAAGGAGGGGUAGGAAGAUUGCAAUAUGCGGGGAUACAGCGAGCGCCAGGGCUCUAGCAGGCCUCGCGAUAGAUGCUGAUGUAGUUAUUCAUGAAGCAACGAAUUCGUACCUGUCAGGCAUUGAUAAAGACACAGACAUGCGUGGUGUAACACGCGAUGCGAUGAUUCACGGGCACUCAACCCCGCACAUUGCGGGGGAAUUCGCUAAGAGAGUCCGAGCCAAGACGCUUUUGCUGAACCAUUUCAGUGCACGCUACAAAGGUGAUCAAACUGUUGAAAGUGUGUCAAUUAUGACUAGAAUAGAACGGCAAGCAAUAAUAGCCUCUGGACUGAACCAGACGCAAGUUGCUGCUACGUGGGACUUCAUGGUAUUUCCAAUCCGUAGUCCAUGA